GUUGGUGACUCCUCUCUCUUAGCUUCCGUCCCUUCUCCGCAAACCCACUCUCCAACCAACCCCAACCACCCCCACAACCACCACCUUCAAAGAUUAGGGUUUCGCUUCACUCACACACAAAUGCAAACUCCGCCAUCACCACCACCACCACCACAGCCACCGCAAGAACGACCAAUUGCUUAUCAAAUGGACGACGUCGUUCCUCAACCAGUCAUCGAAGGACUCUCGAAUUCUCUUUUUGACUGGUCCGAUUUCCUCGAUUUCAACAUUGACGAUCAAUUAUCCAUCUCCUUCGACUCGGAUCAUCCACUGGAAAUUCCUCUGGUCUCUGAGCCGCCUCCAAUUUCUCCGAUUCCGGUAUCGUCUCCGGACAAUUUGGAGCGGGUUCGGAAACGGGACCCUAGACUGACGUGCUCGAACUUUUUGGCGGGAAAGAUUCCUUGUUCGUGUCCGGAGAUGGAUGCGAAGCUGGAGGAAGAAGAGGGUGGGUCCGGGAAGAAGAGGGCCCGGACGGUGAGGGUAUCGGCGGCGACGGCGCGGUGUCAAGUGCCGGGGUGUGAGGCGGAUAUAACUGAGCUGAAAGGGUAUCAUAGACGGCAUAGGGUUUGUCUGCGGUGUGCGAAUGCUAGUACUGUGGUUCUUGAUGGGCAGAACAAGAGAUAUUGUCAGCAGUGUGGCAAGUUUCAUAUUUUGUCAGAUUUUGAUGAAGGUAAACGGAGUUGUCGAAGGAAAUUAGAACGCCACAAUAACAGACGACGCAGAAAAUCUACAGAUUCCAAAGGGACCGCUGAACUGGAACCUCAACCUGUGCUGUCGGCUGAAGAAGUUGGUUGUGAUGAUGAAACUGGAAAAGAUAGCAUAUGUUUGGUUAGCCAAAUAGAGGAAAGGGAAACAUUAGUGGAAUCUGAAGGACAUAUUUUGACCCUUGAUUCAGCUCACUGUUCCCAAAAUAUCCAGAGUGAUAGCGGUGUAUCUUUUGUGGCCUCCGGUGAAGCCCAAAUUGAUGGGGGAAAAGAUAAUGCCAAAUUCACUCAUUCUCCGUCCUAUUGUGACAAUAGGACUGCUUUCUCCUCUGCGUGCCCAACUGGUCGGAUCUCAUUCAAGCUUUACGAUUGGAAUCCUGCAGAGUUCCCUCGAAGACUUCGGCACCAAAUAUUUAUGUGGUUGGCCAGCAUGCCUGUUGAGUUGGAGGGAUAUAUCCGUCCUGGAUGUGUAAUUUUGACUAUGUUCAUUGCAAUGCCAAAGUUUAUGUGGGUUAAGUUUCUGGAAGAUCCUAAAGGAAGUAUACACGACUUUGUUGUUACACCUGGAAACAUGCUAUCGGGAAGAAACAGCUUCCUUAUUCACCUAAACAACAUGAUAUUUCGUGUCAUGGAUGAUGGAAUUUCUGUGAUGAAAGUCAAGGUGGGGGAACAUACCCCAAAGCUUCACUAUAUUCAUCCCACAUGUUUUGAGGCUGGCAAGCCCUUGGAAUUUGUUGCAUGCGGGAGUAAUUUACUUCAACCCAAAUCUAGGUUUCUUGUAUCUUUUGCUGGGAAGUAUCUGGCAUGUGACCUUUGUGUUCCACCGAUGUCUGGUAAGACUGCAGAUGCCAGUACCGGUGGUUUUACCCAUCAAUUAGUCCAAUUACAUGUCCCUCAUACAGAACCGGAUGUUUUUGGCCCUGCAUUCAUUGAGGUUGAAAAUGAGUCUGGAAUAUCCAACUUCAUUCCCAUUCUGAUUGGGGACCAAGAAAUAUGUUCUGAAAUGAAGAUAAUGCAGCAGAAACUUGAUGCAUCUGUCUCUUCAGAAGAAUCACAGUUUGAGGAUACUAGUUCUUCCUGUCAAGUUUGUGUAUCGAGGCAAAGAAAGUUCUCUGAAUUUACUUUAGAUAUAGCAUGGUUACUCAAGAAGCCUGCAUCAAGAAACGUGCAGCACAUUCUGACAGCUUCUCAGAUACAAAGAUUUAACUUUUUGUUGAGCUUUUUAAUACAAAAUGAGUCCAUUGCGAUCUUGGAGAGAGCAACAUACUAUAUGAAGCUUGUGAUGGAUAGCAGUCUGGCCACUGGCAUUGCUGAGGCUGAUCUGAGUCUAUUGAAGAAGCAUAUGGGUAACGCUAGAGAUAUCCUUUGUCAGACAAUUCAGGAAAAAGGGGGUUCGAAGCUGGAUUCAAGCAAUCUUGUGCAAAAAGUGGAUUGUGAUCAAAGCUUUGUAAAAGAGGAUAUGGAGGUAACACAUAAAUGCAAGUUGGAUGCCAUUGUGGGUUUAACGUCUUCAGACAGAAGUGGAACUGUUCCACUUUUAAAUGAGGAUUUUGUCAUGAGCAUAAAUCUUGUUAAGGAACAGCCGAGGAAAUCUUACAGUCACCUAUUUACUAAUCCCAUUUUGACAUCUCGUCCUCUUAUCUUUGUUAUUGCUGCUGCUGUUUGUUGUGGACUAUGUGCAGUCCUUCUCCACCCACGGGAGGUUGGCAAACUUGCAACAACUAUACGCAGGUGUCUGUUUGACAACUCCUAGAUGUCAAUGGAAAUCUUGGAUCAAAAGUGGGCUCUUGUUCUGAUAUGUAUCUGCCAAUGAAAAAUGGCAGCCCGUGGCCCAAUGCACAAACCUCCCGCCACUGCAUUGAUAUGUCCACUGAUGUACACUAAUAUUAGUUAGGACUAAACUGUCUGAAGAACCAGCUUGUCGAUUUGGUUGCUGGGGUGUGUACCUUUACCUUUUGUUUGCUGAGGCUGUGCUUGGUCCAAGUGCUUCAGUUAAUUUUUGCUCUUUCUGAUGGCAUCAUGGGAUGAUACUUGCCGUACUGCCAAGUGAAUUGGAGGAGACAUGAUCAAUUAUUGUUGUAUUCUCCCUCGUCUUCCUUGUAUCUUCUCUUUCACUAUGUGUAUUUAGUGGCAUUGGAAUUUUGAAAUGCAUGUAUUUAACAUGUAAAUCGUUCAUAGGGGUGCAGUCAUGGAAGUCGAAAUCAUAUCCAUUCUAUUAGAAUAAAGAUUCUUUUUUAAACAAUGUUCUGUUUAAAGGUUUAUUGGAUAGAAUGUGAUCCGUGUUUCUGAUUUUGAAUUGAAAUGCAAAAGAAUGGAUAUUCC